AUGGAAAAAACAAAAAUAGAGGCUCUCUUCAUCUACGAUGAGGACGUGAAAAAGGCCGACAAGUCAGUCACAGAUGAAGAGCUACAGGCAGAGAAGGUCAUCUACUACUACCCAAACGAAACGGACGAACAAGUCAAAGUAACGCACACGAGCACCAUGGAAGGUGUCUCUGCCUUCCUCUCCCAGUUCAGCAAAUCACACAUGGACCAUAUAAUAACAAAAGAAAAUUUAAUUGUUAUCCACAAAUGGUACAAGCAUAUAUUCGUAACGCUGGUCGUGAAAAAUGUUUACAAAAAUGAGAAAAUGGAACUCCUCAUGUGUAAGUUACUGCACUCAGUUCUGGACAACUUUAUCUCGACCUUCACGCUAUUGCACGGACACAUCCGGACCUUCUUGAAAUAUAAGAAGAACAAAACGACAGGAAAUAUGAACAGAAAAACGAGCCUCCAGACGCUCUUAGAUGACUACGUCUUUACCUACAUAAAUUCGAUUAACAAUGAGUGUGUGAGCAUUCACAACGGCCUACAAAGUUUUCAUUUCUUCCCAGUGGAAAAGCAUACCUACGUUACUGUGCAGAACCUCAUUUCGUCACUUAUACUAGGACAGAAGCAGAUAAAGCAUGGAUGUCUACUGUACGAAGGGCACUUGGUUUACUCAAGCCUUGAAAUGAGUGACACAAAGAUGAUAUACAAUUAUUUGGUGUCCUACGGGGGAACGGUAAAUAAUUUAAAAUUAAAUCAACACCCGUUUAGGAAAAUUGCAUCCUCCGCUGCCAUCAACUCAAAUGGAGGUUUGUCCAGCUUCGCCCGGUGCAACACGAUCGACGAGAAAAAUGCCUUUCUCCUGGGGAUCAAGAAGUCGUCCAUCUUCAUGCCAGUGGUGAGCCUCGGUACAGAGAAAAAGUACAAACUCGUGGCAUUCGUUUAUAAAGGUAUCCUCCUCGUACUGCUUAUCAAAGGAAGCACCAUCAAGGAUGAAGACUUCGACAUACUAAUCGAUGUGCAAAACAAAUGCACAAAUGAAAACUCCAGUAGCAUACACAGCCUGUCCAAGCUGAAUGAGGUCCUCUCCGCGCAGUUUAAAAAGUAUCUAAAUAAGGAUGACCCAGUCAAGUACCUAUAUUACAACCACGCUAGCAAUUCUAUUAAGCACUCCAUUAACAACAAAAAAAUAAAUAACGAGGAGCUCUUCCUAGUGGCUGACUUCCACUUCCUACUAGUCGAUUCAGAAAUUAAGCAGAACAAAAUAAAGUGGAACAAAAGGGGCUCUUCCGUGGAAAAGGAAAAGUCCCACUUGUCAAAGGAACUUUUCAACUUUCAGAAUCAUUGCAUUUAUGAAGGUGCCUCGAAAAAUGGACAACCGACACAGGGGGAGAGUAAUAAACCGACUGCACCGGAUUCGCUUGCAAAAGAAACUCCAAUGGUAGUAAAUCAAGCGGAAAGUUCCUCUUCACAGUGUGGGCAUCAUACACAGGAUGGUAAGGAAGGAAACAAGAAUAACGUGGAUAAUCAACAGGUGACACCAUCCCCCAUGCAGGAACCGCACCUAAGCGACGAUCCUGCCCUUAAUAGUGCUGACCAAUCAAGUGAGCGAAAAGGCGAAACGAAGGAUCCCCCUGUCGAAACGGAAAAAAUGCACACCGCAGCAGGUGAUGAUAAUGCAAAAGGGAAGAGAAAAAAAAAACUGAAAUUAGUUUACAACGAGGAGUUAAAGAGGAAGCUCUUUGAAGAUACUAGUGAUGAUGUAAAAAUUGAGAAAAUAUUUUACAAAGAAGCAAAUGGACCUUGGAUUUUUGCCAAGAAGACCCUUCAGAGGGAACUUUUUAUUUUCCCCGACGACUCCAAAAUUUCCCUGUCCAAAGCGCAGCACGACGUGCGUCACAUAAUGGACCACAAUUUUGCAAACAUAUACGUUUAG